AUGUUAAUAAAAUAUGUUAACAAACUCAUUAAAUACUUUAAAGCUCCUCGGAGUGUGAAAAUUGAUAGUUCAACUGCAUAUAAAAUACUAGAAUGUGAUAAUACCAACUAUAUAAUGAAGUAUAAAGAACUAAUAGCUAUAAACCAUCCAGAUAAAGGAGGCAGUGAAUAUUUAACUAACUUAAUAAAUGCAAGUAAAGAUUACAUAAGUGAAUUGAAUAAAGAAAUUUAUUAG